AAUUACAUUUCAAGCCGUCAAUCAUUCAUAUAGAAUAAAGUAUUUGUGCAGUACUGGUACGAGUUAUCAAACUUUUUAGUUGCAUAGUCAUUUCAACAUGUCGGAAAGAUACAGUUUUUCACUGACCACUUUUAGCCCUUCUGGAAAACUAGUACAGAUAGAGUAUGCCUUGGCAGCAGUGGGUGCUGGUGCCCCGUCCGUGGGAAUCAAAGCAUCAAAUGGAGUUGUUUUAGCAACUGAAAAGAAACAGAAAUCUAUCUUAUAUGAUGAAAACAGUAUUCACAAGAUUGAAAUGAUAACAAAGAAUGUGGGUAUGGUCUACAGUGGAAUGGGCCCUGACUACAGAGUUUUGUUACGAAAUGCAAGAAAGUUAGCACAGAGCUAUUAUCUACAAUACCAAGAGAAUAUUCCUACUGCCCAGAUAGUUCACAAAAUUGCCAAUGUUAUGCAGGAGUACACACAAUCUGGAGGUGUCCGUCCUUUUGGAGUCUCAUUGCUGAUCGCUGGUUGGGAUGAGGAUGAAGAGAGGCCAUAUUUAUAUCAGUGUGACCCAAGUGGUGCAUACUUUGCUUGGAAGGCAACAGCAAUGGGAAAGAACUUUGUAAAUGGAAAAACAUUUUUAGAAAAAAGGUACAGUGAUAACCUGGAAUUGGAGGAUGCUGUCCAUACAGCCAUUCUGACCUUGAAGGAAAGCUUUGAAGGUCAGAUGACAGAAGACAACAUAGAGAUAGGGAUCUGCAAUAAGGAUGGAUUCCGGCGGCUGUCUCCUCCAGAAGUGAAGGAUUAUCUCGCUUCUGUUCAAUAACAUUUUGUCUUCAUCUAUAUUUUCCCGUUUCAUAGUGCUACUCAUUACAUGUGACAAAACUUAUUAAACACUUUGUACCAAA